GUGCUGCCUUCACCGCGGAGUGUGAUGCGGGCUGCUCUCCCUGAGGAUGACUGGGAGUGACGCAGGGCGGACGGAAAAAACCGGGGCUUGAGGGGGAAGGACAGGGCGGUGAUGCAGGAGGGAGUGUAGCGUUGAUUUCACAGGUUCGAGCCCGAUGCACGGCCCGGCUUCCCGCACACAGGCUGCCCGGUGACUGACAGACAGUGGUAAUCAUAGUAAUACUAAGGAAACUCAUCAUCAGCUCAUCCUUGGGGAGGAUCAGUGAGGAUACACUCCCAGGUUGAUAACCCAGGACCUGUUUCUCUGCAGGUGACGCUGCUCCCGGUUUCUGUUCAUGGCCAAGUAGCCUCGUCAUCCCAUUUUUCUGCCCCGAACACCCAAGUUGCAAGACCCGUUCAGUGGGAGGAUAUCUCGGACCCCAUCCCUCCGUCAUUUUUAACGAGCCUCCAUCACCAUGAACUACCUACGCCGUCGACUCUCGGACAGCAAUUUCAUGUCCAACCUGCCCAAUGGCUACAUGAGCGAUCUCCAGCGGCCCGACCCGCCGCAUCAGAGCCCCGCAGUGUCGCCCGGGCCGUCGGAGAGGCGCCAGUCCACCACCGGCAGCCCGCAGCCGCAGCAGCAGCCUCAGCAGCCGCAGCCGCCGCAGCAGCAGCCGCAGCAGCAGCCGUCUGCAGGUGCAGGCGCUGGCUUCUUCUCCUCCAUCUCCAACGCUGUCAAACAGACCACAGCUGCCGCGGCCGCCACCUUAUCCGAGGCGGCGGACCGGGCAGGGGUCUCCAGCAGCGCCAAGAUCCUCCUGGUCAUCGAUGACCAGCAGACCGACUGGGUGAAGAUCUUCAGAGGAAGAAAGAUCCACGGGGAAUUCGACAUCAAGGUGGAACAGGCUGAAUUCUCUGAAAUCAGCUUGGUAGCGGAUUCUACAGGCAGCUACAAUGUGGACAUCGAUGCAAUCAGGAACGGACAUAAGGUUACUAAGUCCAUUAAGCCAGACUUUGUGCUGAUCAGACAGCACGCCUUCAGCAUGGACAAGAACGGAGACCAUCGUAACAUCGUGAUUGGCCUGCAGUACGCUGGACUGCCUAGUGUUAACUCCUUGCACUCUGUCUACAAUUUCUGUGACAAGCCGUGGGUGUUUGCUCAGAUGUCUAGACUGUGUAAGCAACUAGGCCCAGAGGAGUUCCCACUGAUUGAGCAGGUUUACUAUCCAAACCACAAGGAAAUGAUCACCUCCCCUCACUUCCCUGUAGUGGUAAAGAUGGGCCAUGCCCACUCAGGAAUGGGAAAGGUGAAAGUAGACAAUCAGUAUGAUUUUCAAGAUAUUGCCAGUGUGGUGGCACUGACCAAGACUUACGCCACAUCUGAGCCUUUUAUUGAUGCAAAGUAUGACGUCCGCAUCCAGAAGAUUGGAAACCAUUACAAGGCUUACAUGAGAACGUCUAUUUCUGGUAACUGGAAAACCAACACUGGCUCAUCUAUGCUUGAGCAGGUGGCCAUGUCAGACAAGUACCGAAUGUGGGUGGACUCUUGUGCCGACAUCUUCGGAGGGUUGGAUAUCUGUGCUGUGGAGGCUCUACAUGGCAAAGAUGGCAAGGACUACAUUAUAGAGGUUGACGACUGUUCCAUGCCACUGAUUGGGGACCAGCAGGAUGAAGACCGCGUUCAGAUUGCAGAACUUGUGGUCUCUCAGAUGAACCAGACUGUUCCACGCACUUCCAGCUCUUCCACUGUCCGUGCCACGGCAGGCCAACCAGCACAGAAAGCAGUGUCUCCUCAGCCUGUCUCUCAGCCAAGAGUACCACAGACUCAGCAGCGCCCCUCACCUCAGGGUGGUCCUCAGCAAAGUCCCCCGUCUCAGCAGCGCCCACAGCCUCAAGGUCAACCACCUGCACAGGCCCAGCAGUCUGUUACCAGCCCUGCUACAGAACCCGGUGCCCAGGCUAAGGCUCAUCAAGGACCUGUAGCACAGCCAAGGCAACAAGGUCAGGGAGCUCCUCCAGGUCAGAGAGCUUCCUCUGGUCAGGGCUCUCCUCAGCGAAGCCAGGGAGGUUCCCCUCAAAUUCAGAGGCAACAGUCUGCCUCCCAGCAGAAACCAUCUGCAGGAGGCCCUGGCCAGAAACCUGCAGGUGGCCAACCCCAACAGCAGAGGCCUACCCAGCCACCUAGGCAGCAGUCACAGGGGGGGGCACAGAGGCCUCAUGGUCAGCAAGGUCGCCCUGGAGGACCCACCACCCAGCAGCCUCGACCUGCUGCUCCAGGCCAGGGGGCCCCAGGAGGACGACCUCCCCUGCAGCAAAAGCCUCAGCCUCCACAGAAACCCAGCCAGGACAACACGGCUAUGGGCGGCUCUCCACAACUAAACAAGUCCCAGUCUCUUACCAAUACCUUCAACAUUCCAGAAACCCCAGCGCCACGAGCCAGCCUUAGCCAGGACGAGGUGAAGGCCGAAACCAUACGCAAUCUGCGCAAAUCCUUUGCCAGUCUCUUCUCAGACUGAGACGGCAUAAGCCCCCACCCCUCCACCCCUCUUCCUUCUGACAGAAAGAUGGACAGGCAAACUGAAGGACAGAUUCCUUCUCCCCCCCCAAACCAACAAGGAGCAACAGGAAGUCGCCUCCGAUUCAUGUAUAUUGACCGUGAUGUGAAAGUGUACACACUCGACACUAACUGCCUAAAAUAGUUCAAAUAUUUUAAAAGGAACACAAAGUAGAAUACAGAGUAAAUUUGACGUCUCAAACAUUCCUCGCUUCGCUUCACGCUUAAGUAACUCAUUGUGUGUCAGACAAACUGUGAGCGUGCGCACACACACACACACACACACACACUCAGACACACACACACACACAUGCGCACACACGUACAGACACACACAAAAGUCUGUAUAUGCAUGAGAACACGCACAAGGAUGUGCAAGAAAAACAAGACAAUGCUUCUCCCUCUUGCUUGGCGAUGCUGUAUAGUCAUAGUGAUCUUUACGUUCGAAUUUAGGUCGGACUACUUAACAACCAAAUCAAUUAAGGGACUGUACAAAAGUUGUUGGGGUGGGGAUGUUUGCUAGAUCUCCUAUUGUAAACAUGAUAAAACUUAUUUUUUCUAAAGAGCUGCUUAAUAAACUGCUAUUAUAGCCACAUAUUAGAAUGAGUGCAAGCUCUGAGCUGAGCGGCCUGUGAUGUAUUUUUGAUGUAAAAAUAUAAUCUCCUUUUAUUUUAAAAACAAAACACACAAUAUAGAAUAUGUAAUAAAAUACAAACAUAGAGUGAGAAAAAAAUGACUAGAAUUAAUACAAAAUAAAUUAUUAUUACUUUUCCUUUAACAAAAAUCAAAAUGACAACCCCCAUUUUCUGACCCCCUUGCCCCUAAUAACUUUUGUACAGUCCCUACAGCUGAACUGUCCUGCAUAGACUGUCCUCUGUUCGCCAAUGCUAGAUCUGUUAGAGCUGUUGGCUGCUCAUGGUGAUGUCUUAGCUGCAUGUCAACAGCAAUGGUUGCGUUUCCCCACCCCUGACACUGGCGCUUGUAACUGUGUCGUCACAUGUAGUUGAAUUGGUUAGUAAAGUAGCCUGUAGUACUCGUUGUGAGUGUGUUGUUUGCUGCCACUCCUUCCCGUUUUGUUCCCCCCCAACUUUCAGCAUGCCUUACGUGGACAAGAAAGUUAGAUCAAAUGGAGCUGUCUCAGGGAUGUCCAAUGGAUUGUGACACUUCUGUGUGGGUGAGGGUCUUCCAUUACAGUUUCAUUGUGGCUGUUAACCCAUAAUGAAGGCGAAAGCAUGCAUCUUAAAUGAGGUCGAAGGUUUUUAUUGUUUCAAAUGUAUUUGCACACAGAGUAUAUUGCAACAUUAUACUUGAAUAGAGUGAUGCAGACUGAUGUAUGAGGUCUUUUGAUUCAGGUUUACUCAUCUGCCGCUUGACAAAGCAACAGCUCACUGCUUCCACACUGGGGUGCUGCUGUGUGUGUGACAGGUGCGGUACAGUAGGAUGCGCCAUAGGCAGAGACUAUUUAGAGUUUAAUUUCAUAUUCCCUUGAAUUCAAAGCAAUGUAACGAGAGAAACAAUCCAACUAUUGCGUUUAAAUGAUGCACAGUGAGCUAGUAAGGUUGAUGUGAGGGUGUAGCAGUCAGUCAGUGCAUUGUGAUAUUGCACUGAAUUAACUCCGACCCUGAAUAUGUGUCAUGCAGUGCAGCAGAGCUCCUGCUGCCGUGCAUGCCCUUCUGUCAGGCCACAAUCCAAAGCAUAUACUCAGCCAAGGAAUGUCACAUGUUUUUUGCAGCUCAUCUAUAUAUACAAUAAUGAAAAAAAAAAUGAUGCAGACAUAUAGGAAUGCCAAAUGUGGGAUGCACCUCCGCAGCACAUUUAGCACUUCCUGUCACCCCUUCUUUGCACUGACAACCCUUUCUUUGAUCAUUAUUCUGAAAAUCUGAGCUGAAAAAACACCUCAGUUUCCAGGCACUGAAAAUGUCUUCCACAAGAAGUGCUUUUCAUGCAAAUGUUGACGUAGUAUGGCAAUAUCAAGCUUUAUAGAGAAGACCCAAUAGCCAAAAGAAUAGAGAAGUCCUGGUUCCCCUGCAGAAUCCCUGCGCUGCCUGUGUUCAUCAUCAGCCUAUCUCUGUAGCCACAGUGACCCCUUGUGCUCAAUGGUGCAUAAAUGUGUGAAUGUCGUUCCGUAACUGGUGAAACCAAAUCGAUGUGUUGUACAGAGCUCAGAGUGAUGCAGACUGUCUCCUCCAUCCCCUGCUGCUGCUCGUGCGUGUUGAUAUAUGUCUCUCUAAACUUUUUAGCUUUCAUUUUCGAGAUUUGUGCAUUUUUGUUUCAAAUAUCUUGGACAUGCUUCUAUGAAGAAAGACUGUGGGUUAAAGCAUAAGUAAUUUAGGGAUUCAUUUUUGACUGGGUGUCCGUACAUGAUUGUCAGAGCUCACCUCCAGGAGCAGCCUUGUGUAACUGUUUAUGAAAAUGAGCCAUCACAAUUAGCAUGGAUGGUUAACUUUGAAAAAUGUCAUGCUGUUACUCAGAGGGCUCUUGGCCAUACUAAGACGCACACUCCUGAGACUGAUGAGCAGUGACUGAGGUGCAAAGAAUAGUUUAUCGUAUUUCUGUUUUUGAUAUUCACAAAUGUGUACAUUAUUCAUGGUGGAUAUGUUUGACUGUGAAUGUAAUCUUUUUUUUGUUACAGCUAUAUUUAUUGUUUUCUAACUGCAUCGUAUAAUCAUUGUGAAAAAAUGAAAUCCGUACAAAUUUUGAACUGAUUGUCGAUCGGUGCCUGCCAGAGUUGAAAAUUAUAAAUGUAAGUGCAAAAAUCAAAAGGCUGGGGUUGUUGUGAAUUUAAAAAAAAUAAGAUACUGCGUAAUGUACAUCAUGGUGGAUUAUUGAAUUAAAUGUUAAAGAAUAUUUGAUGUUAUAUGCAAUGUAGCUAUAUUAAGUGAAAAUGAGUAUGUUCUUAAAACAUGCUAAUGUCUAAUAAAGUCUAUAAUCAAAAA